AUGAGUAUCAUCUGGCCGGAAUGCAACAUGAGUUUUAUCUGGCCAUCGCUUCUGAAUAUGCAUAAGAAAAUUCAUACCGGUGAGAAGCCGCACUGUUGUCUGGAAUGUGGGAUGAAUUUCACUCAUCCAUGGGGUAUGAAUACACAUAAGCGGAUUCAUACCGGUAGAAACCGUAUUCUUGUCUGGAAUGUGGGAAGGGUUUCACCCAGUCACCGG